AUUGAUUUUUUUAAUAUUAACAAAAAAAUUAAACUAAAAUUACCGAUCCAAAUGAGGAGCAAUGUUUUGGCCAUGAUUUAUUUCUUUUCUUUGGCCGCUAUAGUCACUGUUGCCCUACGCCCGGAAUUGACGGCAGAUAUAGCGCAAAUUGAAUGGUCUCGCUGUUUUUUGUGUGUAAAUAUGGUAUCGCUGUUUCGGCCAUGGUAUAUUUGACCAUCUCCACUACUGAACGGUCAGUCCAACGACUCAGAACGAGAAAUGAGCCGCCGGUCCCGCUCCCCCUCGGCCUCGCCGCCGGGCGACCUAGGCAUCCCCUUCCACUGCCCCUCCUCCCCGUCGGAUGACGACGGCAGCUCCUUCCCCGCCCACACGCCGCCGCUGGAGGACGACAACCUCCUCCGCGAGAUCCUCGUCCGCCUUCCUCCGCUGCCGUCCUCGCUCCCGCGCGCCGCCCUCGUCUGCAAGCGCUGGCGCCGCCUGCUCAAGGACCCCGCCUUCUUCCGCCGCUUCCGCGCGCACCACCGGAAGGCCCCGCUCCUCGGCUUCUUCGCCGGCCUGUGCCGCCCAAUCUUCUUCACGCCCACGCUCGACCGGCCGGAUCGCAUCCCCGCCGAGCGGCUCAACCGGUUCAGGGCGAGCGGCGAGGGGCGCGGCCACUUCUGCUGCUGUCGGCACGGCCUCGCCCUCCUCCUCGGCCCGGAGCGGCCCGAAGCCCUGGUGUGGGACCCCGUCACCGGCCACCAGCGCCGGGUGCCUUUUCCGCCAGGGUUCCACAUCAAGAGGCAGGAGACCCUCGUCCGGCAUGCCGCGAUGCUGUGCACUGCCGGCGGCGAUGGCGAUAGCCCGUUUAAGCUGGUCCUGCUACGCUAUAGCCACAACGGGAUCCUUGCUUGCCUCUACGAAUCGGAGUCCGGUGUGUGGGGAAAUGCAGUCAACACAGCGACUCCUCACGAGAUUGAUCCGUUAAGCCAUAGCGUUCUGAUUGGGAAUGCACUUUGCUGGAGGAUCGAUCAUGGUGCCGUCCUUGAGUUUGACACUGAAAGGCAGAGCCUGCGUGUGAUUGAGCGGCCGGCGGAUGCUCGACGUACCUAGCAGUCCUUCUUUCAGGUCUUGCGGACAGAGGAUGACAGCCUCGGCCUUGCCAUGUCUUAAGGACGCACCAUUCAACUGUGGGAGAGGAAGUCCAGCCCAGAUCGUUGGGUGAUUGGGAAAACCAUUGAUCUAUCCCAGCUCGGUUUAUUGGGACCGACGGAGAGAACAUUGGUAGUGCCCAUAGGGUUUGAUGAGGACAGCAGUUCAAUCUUUCUCAGGAUGGCCCACCGUACGUCAUGAUCCAACUCAGCUCACUACAGUCAAAGAUGCUUUUUCAUGACGAUUCCCGCAAUAUCAACAACAUUUAUCCCUACACAAGUUUUUAUGCGGCAGGCAAUGUGGCUGAUGGGGAUGAUGAUGGGCCUGAAAUGUUAAACAAUGAAAUGAAUGUCCAUGAGUGGUCUCUUGUUACUGCUAGCAUGAUGUGUCCCUUGAUGAGGCAUCUACCCAUCUUCUAAGUUUGAAGCAAUGACAUACCGGUGCAGUUUCCUCCCCCUUCGAAGAAAUUGACUGAUGAAGUACCAUUGUGUGUUCCAUUGUGCAUGCGUACAUGUUCCACUUACCAGCUUCAAAGUGGACAUGCAGAAAUAAAUCAUCUAGUUAUCGAAUGCUCUUAGUUUUAGAGAUGCAUGAUGAACUGAAGCUGGAAUUUGUUGAACCAACUCUUGGAGUUUAGUAGUGCCUAUCUUGAACGCUA